AAGCAAUGAGUAAUUUUUAUUGGUCGAUUGUUCGGUUGAAGUGGGAGUCACUUGAUUGCUCAAUUUUACAGUCUUAUUGAGACCUCCCGACCAACCACAACUAAAAUAAGAUUAUCGAGCGCGUGCAGCUGGAAAUUUUGACGCUCGUCUUUUAAAUGAUAACUAUACAAAAAUUUGCCAUUUCAUCGAUGCAACCUCGUAUUCGAGUUUCAACAUUGUCAAUUGUUUGUAUUAAAUAUUAAACAAUUUUAUGUUAAUGCAAACAUGUGUCUUUUGUAGACUAUAGUGUUACAACAUUUAAACUGAGAAAAAAUGGAGUAAAUACAAAUAAUGAUAAAUCAUACUGUGUUAUUACGAGUAUAUUGCAAAGCUAGCUUUCGUUCGAUUGAGUUAAUGAAAAACGGGAAAGAUUCGAUGAGAGCUGUGUGUCGUUCCGUAGAAUUCGGUCUGCGCGCGGUUGGCGUGUGGCCGGGCACAUCGUACGCAAUUUUACGACGAUUCUUUUGUAUAUUCUCGAUGGGAGUGUUUCAGACUUUUCAGUAUCAGCAUUUGAUUAUGCACAUCAGCGAGAAGAAUCUACCGCUCCUCAUGGACGUAUUAAGCGCAACAAUUACUUAUAGUCUUCUGCUUGUCAAGCUCAUUAUUUUCGCGUUCAAUGCGAGUCUGCUGAACAAAAUUAUAACAGUCAUGGUCGACGAUUGGAAGGAGCGCGAAAUUUCAGAUAAUUACACGAUGACCAGAAUAGCCUACAUCUCUCGUCGUAUCUCCAACUUUAUAAUUGUCUCGCACGCGCUGUCGGUGUUCCUUUAUGCAACUGGUACUCUGUUAAGACACAGAAACGAUAAUCAAACUGACACUCGGGAACUCAUCCUCAAAAUGGAGUUACCAUUCGCAAUCGAUAGCACAUCGAUAUAUGUGGCUGUUCUCGUUAUACAGUUUGUUCAUCAGACGAGUGCGGCUAGUAUGGCCGGUGUCAUGAACUCCUUGCUGAUAACAUUGGUUCUUCAUGUGGGUGGACAGAUUGAUAUAGUGCGAGAAAAACUGAGUAAAAUCUCCCGAAAAAGCAUCGAGCGAAGUACGAGUGACAGCAUCGUGAAAACGUUGAUCGUUCGACAUCAGAGAAUCAUUUCGCUGUCCAAGAACAUCGAGGCGCUUUUCUCGAAUAUCGCUCUGAUACAAUUCGUAUCGAACACUCUGGUUAUUUGCUGUCUAGGAUUUAUCAUUGUGAUCUCUAUCGGUGUACCGGGUGAAUCGGCGGUGUUAGUGAAAUCCGUAUUAUUUUAUAUUCUUAUCAGCUUGGAGGCAUUUGUACUUUGUUUCGUCGGGGAACAUCUCAGUAUGAAAAGCGAAAUGAUCGGCGACGCCGCGUACGAAUCACUUUGGUACGAAUUAAACCCGAAUCAGAAUCGAGAUAUCUUUUUCAUAAUCUUAAGAUCGCAGAAGCACUUGACACUUACGGUCGGAAAAGUCAUGGAUCUUUCCUUGAAGCAAUUUGCUAGCAUCGUGAAAGCUUCGGCGUCAUAUAUGUCGGUUCUACACGCGAUAAAAGAGAAAGAGAGUAAGUUUAAUGCUAUCGUGUCUGAUUUCUAUGCCGAUUCUAUGAAUAAUGAAGUGGGCUUGAAUACCGUGAUGAAUACCGUGUGUCAUUCCGUGGAAUUCGGUUUGCGUGCAAUCGGCAUAUGGCCCCAUACGUCAUACGCAAUUUUGCGCCAAAUCUUAUGCAUAUCCUCGAUGGCAAUAUUUCAAACGUUUCAAUAUCGAUAUUUGUUCAUGCAUUUCGACGAAGAGGAUCUUUUUAUCCUGAUGGAUGUAUUGAGUGGGACUAUAUCUUACAGCCUUGUGUUUCUCAAGUUGAUAAUUUUCGCGUUCAAUACUCAUUUAUUGAAUGAAAUCAUAGUGCAUGUGAUCGAGGACUGGAAAAAACGCGAUGUCUCCGAAGAAUACACGAUGACCAGAAUAGCUUACAUCUCUCGUCGAUUCUCCAAUUUGAUAAUCAUUAUAUACGCGAUGUCGGUACUUCUUUAUGCUAUCGGUACUCUGUUUAGGUAUAAGAAUAGCAAUCAGAACGAUGCUCGAGAGCUCAUUCUUAAGAUGGAAUUGCCUUUCGAAAUCAAAAAUACAUCAGUGUAUAUCGCUGUUCUAAUUACACAGUUUGUUCACCAGACGAGUGCAGCUAGUACGGAGGGCGUGUUAAACUCCUUGCUGAUAACACUAGUGCUUCACGCUUGUGGGCAGAUCGAUAUAGUACGUCAAAAGUUGAGAGAAAUCACACGGAAGAAUAUUGAGCAAGAUGCCACCGAAAGUAUCAUGAAGAUGUUGAUUAUUCGUCAUCAGAAGAUUAUCUCGUUCUCCAAAAAUAUCGAAAAUCUCUUCUCAAUCAUCGCAUUAAUACAUUUCGUAUCAAAUACUUUGAUCAUCUGUUGUUUAGGAUUUCUUAUUGUAGUUUCCAUCGGAGUACCAGGUGGAACAAUGGUGUUAGCAAAAUCUGUGUUUUUUUACCUUGCAAUUUGUUUAGACGCAUUUAUAUUUUGUUUCGUCGGAGAGUAUCUCAGCAUAAAAAGUAGAAUGAUCGGCGACGCGGCAUAUGAAUCGCUUUGGUACGAAUCGAACUCAAAUCAAAAUCGAGAUGUUCUUCUAAUGAUGAUAAGGUCACAGAAACAUUUGACACUUACUGUUGGAAAAUUUGCGGAUCUCUCUUUGCAACAAUUCGCAAAUAUUGUGAAAGCUUCAGCAUCAUAUGUAUCGGUGUUACACGCGAUGUAUUGA